UCAAUGCGCAGCAUAAUUAUUUUGCGUAAUGUGGAUAAAAUAAAUGUUUAACCAAUUGUUUUAUUGAUAUAAUAUUGUUAUUGUAAAAAGAUUUACGAUUAUUACACCGGUUAGAAUUGAAUUUAAAAACAAACUAUUGAUAAUCUAUUGUCACAUUUUCUGAGUCUUUACUCUUUACUAUUCUCCUUGUGAGUAUAGUAUUCGUUGUUACUAUUUCGACAGAAUCAUGUCGAAGUGGGUCGGUUUCGCCGUAUCGGUAAACUGUGGUGAGCCCCUGGGCUGCUAUCAGGGUACAAUAAUGGAAGCAGAUGGUAAUACAAUCACGCUCACCAAAGCUUUCAGGAAUGGGUUUCCUUAUCCGAAAUCUCAAGUGACAUUGAAUGCGUCUGAUAUCAAGGAUUUAAAGAUCAUAGAGGAGGCCACAGAACAAUCGUCCGAGAAAACUCACAGCACAGUUUCUAUCACCAAAACCAGCAAAAAAGCCCAGAAAGCAACAGUGUGUGAAAAUUUACAGGCUAUUCCUGCUGAAACAGGUAAUCAGCAGAAUGCCAACAACACUCAACACAAGGGAUCAGGUGCGAGGAGUGCUGCAUCGGGUCCUCCCAGGAGUAAACCCAUAGACAUUCAGGGGACCAGACACAAUAAAAAUAAUAACCUGUCAGGUAGCUUCGGCAACCCUAGCUGUUCGACACCUAAGGGUCAGCGCGGCGGCGGGGGCACGGGAGGCGGCGGCGCGGGGGCGGGGGGCGGUGGCCGCGACCGUGCGCACCGCCGCAACGAGGCGUGCUUCGGCGACGCCGCCGACCCAGCGCUCGCCGACGACUUCGACUUCGAGGGCAACCUCGCGCUAUUCGACAAGCGCGCGCUGUGGGAGCGCAUGCGCGGGCGCCCCGACGUCGUGCGCGCCGCCGACGACGCCGCGCGCUACCGCCACGACGAGAACGUCCUGGGCGCCGCGCCCGCCCCCGCCGCCAUCGCCCUGCGCGACGAGUUGCGCGUCGGCAGCUACAGCACCGACGACGGCGCCACCGUGCCCGCCGCCGCCGACCGCCUGCGCCGCGACCUGUGGCGCGCGCUGCACCACCACCGUCUCGCCGACUCCGCGCUGCUGCUGCUGGCGCGCGCCGCCGCCGACCUCGCGCUACGCCUGGCGGGCGGUGGUCGGCGCCUCGAACCGCGCAACGCGCACCAGACGCCAGUGGCCGUGGCCGCGGUGGGCGCACACUCGCUGGGUGCCUGCGGUGUGGCGGCGGCGCGCCUGUUGGCAUCGCACGGGGUGCACGCGCACGUGCUGUUGGCGGGCGGCCCGGCGGGCGGCGCGGGGAACGCGGCGCUGCGGCGGGAGCUGGCGGCGUUCGCGCUGGCGGGCGGCGUGGUGCACGCGUGCGCCGAGCGGCUGCCGGUGCCGGACGUGGUGGUGCUGGCGCUGCACGAGCCGGCGGGCGGCGCGGAGGACGGCGGGGCGGAGCGCGGGGCGGCGCUGGGCUGGGCGCGGGGCGCGCGCGGCGCGGUACUGGCGCUGGAGCCGCCGGCGGGCGGGUGGGGGGUGGAGCUGCGCGCGUCUUUGGUGGCGGGGCUGCCGCCGGCGCCGGCGGGUCUCGGCCGCGUGUUCCUAGCCAACGUGGCGCCUCCGCCGGCGCUGCUGCGCGAGCUGGGCGUGGAGUACCGUUCACCGUUCGGCGCGACCUCCGUGCUGCCCCUCAACUGACCCGCCCGCCCCCCCGGCCCGCCGCCCGAAGGUCCGUCGACGCCGGCCCCGCCCGCUCGAUCUCCGAACGAAAAUAACACUCUCGCGUCGUCGCAGCCCCCGCCGCGAGUCCCCGCCCCCGCUCCGACCGUUCCCGCCCCGCCCGGUCGCGUCUCCGCGCCGCCGUCCCUCGCAAGCGCGCACCGUUUCCCCAGCGAUCCCCGGGGCGGGUUCCCUCAGCGCGCCCCUUUCUCGGCAAUGCGGUUUCCCGUCAAUCCACUCGGCCGACCUCAGCGCCCGGUCCGGCUGUCGGGGGCGAUCGCCGUGCGGCCCGCGAUCGAGAGACUCGGGAAUGAGAUUAUCACCGUGCACAGCACCGACGUGUACUUGGUGAACUGGUGGCUGCUGUACUGAAGCCGAGGGGCGUGGUGGUCGUGGCGGGCGGAGCCGGCGCGACGAGAUGGCUCCGCCCCUCGGCUCCGGCAUCUGUAUUUCGUCGCUCCGCCUCGGAUGUGAGUGUGUGAUGCUGAUGCCGUACGGUACUCGGAGCUGUGUUAAAUUACUAUCGGAACGUACUCGAAUUUUGUCGUCGUUUUUAAUUUUAAAUAUUACAAUGCAUUUAAAAUAAAUAAUUUUGAUAAAA